UUGUUGUUUUGUUAGUAUAGUUAAUCAAUAAACUUUUGUCAAAAAAAAAUAGAGAAUCUUUUCUUCUCUCUGUAACUUUUGGGGUGGAUAACGAUUCAUUGAGAGAAACCCAAACCGGGACUGUGAGUGUUUCAGUUUGCAUUUUUUUGCAAUACUUCAGCAAAUUUGCUGCUUCGUGGGUUAGAAGUUUUUUGAGCUUAGGCUUGGGAUUGUGAAGUAGAGGAUCUAGUUUUAUUUUACUGUUGUUGUUCUUGAUUUUGAAGAGAAAAUUCAUCUGGCUACUGUGGAGAUCUUGGUUCAUCUGUUAUGUCCCAUGAGGAAGACUUUCUUUCCUUCUGAUUCUUGUAAAGAAACAGAUCUUAAUGCUAUCGAUCCACAAUCAUGGCUCCAAGUUGAAAGAGGGAAGCUUUCCAAAUUCUCAUCGCAGUCCCCAUCUUCCAUAGAAUCACUGAUCAAGGUCCCAGAGCCACCGGUUCUCCCAUUCUUUAAACCUGUUGAUUAUGUAGAAGUUUUAGCUCAAAUUCACGAAGAACUUGAGUUGUGCCCUCCACAUGAGAGGUCGAAUCUCUACUUGUUGCAGUUUCAGGUCUUUAAAGGCCUCGGUGAAGCCAAACUGAUGCGGAGAAGCCUUCACUCGGGUUGGCUGAACGCAAGCACCAUCCACCAGAAACUUGUCUUCGGGGCAUGGUUAAAGUAUGAGAAGCAAGGUGAAGAGCUUAUAUCUGACUUGCUUUCUUCUUGUGGCAAAUGUGCAAAGGAGUUUGGGAUGAUGGACAUGGCCUCUGAACUACCCACUGAUGUAUAUUUAGGUUCUCCUAGAGUUAGUGAACCAUUUAGGAAAAAUCUUUCAACAAUUGUCUCUUUUCAUAUCGGAGAUGAGAAAAUCGAGUGUCACAGGCAGAAGAUUGCGGGACUUUCAGCUCCAUUUCAUGCCAUGCUAAAUGGCUGUUUUACAGAAUCAAGUUGUGAGGAGAUAGAUUUGUCUGAAAAUGAUAUUUCCCCUUUAAGUAUGAGGGUGAUCAGUGAGUUCAGCCAGACAGGCAGUUUAAAUGAAGUUACCCCAGAAAUACUGUUGGAAAUCUUGGUAUUUGCCAACAAAUUUUGCUGUGAAAGGCUCAAGGAUGCAUGUGGCAGGAAACUUGCUUCUCUGAUUUCAUCUAUACAAGAUGCAGUUGAACUUAUGGAAUAUGCUCUUGAAGAGAAUUCCCCUGUCCUUGCUGCAUCAUGUUUGCAAGUGUUUCUACAUGAACUUCCCGACUCUUUGAAUGACAGCAAGUUAGUUGAGUUAUUAAGCAAUGCUAACCGGCAACAGAGAUCAAUUAUGGUUGGGCCAGCCUCAUUUUCACUCUACUGUUUAUUAAGUGAAGUUGCCAUGCACCUAGAGCCCAAAUCAGAUAAAGCAGCUCUUUUCUUGGAACAGUUGUUGGGAUGUGUUAGACUCCUGAGGAAAGAAUAUGCUGAGGCUGAGCAGCUCUUUGAGGUCGCUCUAAAUGCAGGCCAUGCAUAUUCUGUUGUUGGAUUAGCUAGAUUGGGUCACAUUAGGGGCCAUAAACUUUGGUCUUAUGAGAAACUAAGUUCUGUAAUCUCCUCUUCUACUUCACGCGGAUGGAUGCAUCAGGAGAGGUCACUCUACUGUGAUGGUGAUGAGAGGUGGGAAGACCUUGUGAAAGCAACUGAGUUGGACCCAACCCUUAUUUACCCUUACAUGUAUCGAGCUGCAUUCUGGAUGAGGAAACAAAAUGUUCAAGAUGCCCUGGCAGAAAUUAAUCGUGUUCUUGGGUUCAAACUUGCUUUAGAAUGCUUGGAACUACGGUUUGGUUUCUAUCUAGCUCUCGAGGACUACAAUUCAGCAAUUUGCGAUGUUCAAGCAAUUCUUACGCUUUGCCCUGAUUAUAGGAUGUUUGAGGGACGAGUUGCAGCAUCUCAGUUCUGUACUCUUGUGCGUGAACAUGUUGAGAACUGGACAACAGCAGAUUGUUGGCUCCAAUUGUAUGAUCGAUGGUCUUCGGUUGAUGAUAUUGGAUCCCUCUCUGUAAUAUACCAGAUGCUCGAGUCUGAUGCACCGAAAGGAGUUCUUUACUUUAGACAGUCUUUGCUUCUCCUUAGAUUGAACUGUCCAGAAGCAGCCAUGCGAAGUUUACAGUUGGCUCGUCAGCAUGCAUCAAGUGAACAUGAACGUUUGGUUUAUGAGGGAUGGAUCUUGUAUGAUACUGGUCAUUGUGAAGAGGGGCUACAGAAAGCAGAGGAGUCUAUUAGCCUCCAGAGAUCUUUUGAGGCCUUCUUCCUGAAAGCUUAUGCUUUGGCUGACUCCAGCCAGGAUCCAGCUUGUUCUUCUACUGUUGUAUCACUUCUUGAAGAUGCCUUGAAGUGUCCUUCAGAUAGGCUUCGCAAAGGUCAGGCGCUGAACAAUCUCGGAAGUGUUUAUGUUGACUGUGGGAAACUCGACUUGGCAGCCGAUUGCUAUAUUAAUGCCCUUACAAUCCGGCACACCCGUGCCCACCAAGGCCUUGCUCGUGUGCAUUUCCUUAGAAAUGAUAAGAAUGCUGCUUAUGAGGAGAUGACCAAAUUAAUUGAGAAGGCUCGGAAUAAUGCAUCUGCCUAUGAGAAGAGGUCAGAGUACUGUGAACGUGAACUCACAAAGGGGGAUCUAGAGAUGGUCACUUGUUUAGAUCCUCUCCGGGUUUACCCUUACCGAUACCGAGCUGCAGUUUUGAUGGACAAUCACGAGGAGAAGGAAGCCAUAGCAGAAUUAUCAAGAGCAAUUGCAUUCAAAGCGGACCUUCACCUUUUACAUCUACGGGCUGCAUUCCAUGAGCACAUUGGCGAUGUUCUGGGUGCCCUGCGAGAUUGUCGAGCUGCUCUCUCAGUUGACCCAAACCAUCAAGAGAUGCUGGAACUUCAUAGCCGUGUAAACAGCCAUGAACCCUGAACCAUGAGAAGAGGAAGAAACGAAAAAAAGAAAAAAAGAAAAAAAGAAAAAUGUUCAUGGCAUGGGAAAUGUAUAUCUUUAUUGUAUACUACCCAGUGUAUAAACCUGUGAGCAUGUGCUUGUAACAUCUGUGUUUCAUAUUGCUUUUAGUUUUAUCCUAAAAUUUUGUACUAGGCUUCGAAAUUUUUGGAAAUAUAAU